AACAAAACGUCAAAGUACACGGAGCUGUCCUCUGCUGCUGCAGGCAAAAAUCUUUCAAAAGUUUUCUGAUGAACGUGAAAGUGUCCUCCAGUGCUGUAGAAAAUCGCUAAUUUACACCUGUAAAUCCGGAACCAAAAUGUCGAACAACGCAGCCCAUCGGCAUCGGUACAAGAAUGUUGGCCUGGACUCGACAGAGAUGCGCCGACGGCGCGAAGAGGAGGGCAUCCAGCUGCGCAAACAAAAGCGCGAACAGCAACUGAUCAAACGGAGAAAUGUGAACGCCGCCGAGGAACUGGACCAGGACGCCAUUCUUGCUGAUGAGCCACAAACGACGGACACGCAUCCUCUGAUCAAACCGGAAACGAUGCUAGCCCUGUACAGUGAGAACGUGCAAGAUCAGCUGGCAGCCACACAGAAGUUCCGGAAGCUGCUCUCCAAGGAACCGAAUCCACCGAUCGAUCUGGUCAUCCAGCAUAACAUUGUUCCACGGUUCGUCGAAUUUCUGGCCAACACAUCCAAUUCUACACUGCAGUUUGAAGCCGCCUGGGCCUUGACCAACAUCGCUUCCGGCACAUCAGAGCAAACCAGCGUCGUGAUAGGGGCCGGCGCCGUUCCCAUCUUUAUCAAACUGCUGGAAAGUCCUCACAUCGACGUACAGGAACAGGCCGUCUGGGCGUUGGGCAAUAUCGCCGGGGAUUCUCCCGAGUGCAGGAACUUCGUUCUGGACGCCGGCGUACUGGAACCACUGCUACUCGUCCUAAACUCGUCCACCCGGUUAAAUCUGACGCGGAACGCAGUUUGGGCCCUGUCCAACUUAUGCCGCGGCAAGAACCCCCCACCGGAUUUCUCCAAGGUGGAGAAAGGAUUACCCAUUUUGGCCCGGUUAAUGUUCCACAGCGAUGUGGAAGUGCUGGGCGACGCCGUUUGGGCUGUGAGUUAUCUGUCCGAUGGGCCGAACGAUAACAUUCAGGCAGUUAUCGAGGCCGGCUGCUGUCGGAGGCUGGUCGAGUUGUUGCUACACAACAACAAUAACGUGGUUUCAGCGGCCCUGCGAGCAGUCGGAAACAUCGUCACCGGCAACGACACGCAAACACAGCUAAUUCUCAACUGCAAUGCCUUACCGUGUAUCCUGCAGCUGCUCAGUUCGCCAAAGGAAACCAUCCGGAAGGAGGCCUGCUGGACCAUCUCGAAUAUAGCCGCCGGCAAUCGGCAGCAGAUCCAGGCCGUCAUCGACGCCAACAUCUUCCCGAGCAUUAUCGAUCUGUUGUCGAAGGCGGACUUUAAGACGCGGAAAGAGGCGGCCUGGGCGAUCACGAAUGCCACCAGCGGUGGCACCGUGGAUCAGAUCAAGUACUUGGUUCAAGCCGGCUGCGUGCCUCCCAUGUGUGAAUUGCUCACCGUGAUGGAUCCGAAGAUUGUAACGGUCGCUCUGAAUGGUUUGGAGAACAUACUCAAGGCAGGCAACCAACACAAGGUUAAACCAAAUCCCUAUGCCGUUCUGAUCGAGGAAUGCUACGGUCUGGACAAAAUCGAAUUCCUGCAAUCGCAUCAAAAUACCGAGAUCUACGAGAAAACCUUCAACAUCAUCCGGACGUACUUCAGCAAUGACGAGGAGGACGUGGCCGUGGCCCCGUCUACCGAGAACAACCAGUUCCAGUUCAACGCCGAUCAAUCUGUGCCAAUGGACGGCUUCCAAUUCUAGGAAGCAUCACGCAUACACACUUCUAGCUUUACUGUUCUGAGUAUGCAAAAUCAGCCCCCUGACUCUUGUUAGUUUUUCUUCUCUACCACGUACAGACAGGCUCUAAGGCGUUAAAACGGUCCGAGAAUCGAACCAAUGAUGAAAAAUGUAGGUAAUUGACUUAACCAUGGUGAUGAUUAAGUAAUCCUCAACUAGCAGCCGAACUUGAUGCAGACAUUCAAUCAAAACACAUUUACAAGACUUCCACGUUUCCAGAUUGAUCUGUUUGAUAUUGAAAGACCUUCACCAGACCAUACUUUGUAUCCAAGACAUUGAAAAAUACUAAACUGACUUCGCACUGUUAUUAAUUGACAAAUAGAAUUGGUCCACAAACUUCGUAUAAAUUCAAUAAUGAUUAAACAAUGCCGUUGUAGAAUCCGUUUAAAACUAUCGAACCAUGAUCAGAACAAGUAAUGAUGGCCUUUUCCGAUUGAUCACCCAGUUUCGAGAAAAUGCUUCCCUUGAAGACAAUGUGUAAAACCCUUACGUAUAGCAAGCCGACAACAUAUUACAUACAUAUUUGGGAAACUCUAAAGUAUAAUACAGGCAUUUUUUCUCCCUCGUGUCCCGGCUUGUGUGGUUUGGAUUUCAAAUAUUUCCGUGUUGGGAUGGAGAGAGUUAUGGAGGGAGCUUUCUCGUUCGCGGACGGAAGACGCGAGAUUCCCCCCAAAGUCACAACCACACAUCAGAAGGAAAAAAAACAGUAAACAACAAUAUGAUAUUUGACUAACAAAAUAAAAAAAGAAUGUGAUUAGUGUUUAAUAGAGAGGUAUGAUUUGAUAAAGGAAACCCGAAAUAAACACGGUGUGCAAAACACAGACAAGUAACCAGGAA